GGUCGUUCUGUGGAAUCAAAACAAAAUUGGCAUCAAUAUUUAUCCAUCCUUUUAAUUUUAUCAAGGUUUCGAUGAUCCGUCGAAUACAACAUCAAAUUUGAGCUCUCCAUCAAGGGAUGCAAACGCCAUUCUGCAAAGUUUUUUCUUCCUUUCUUCUUCUUUUUUGUGAAUGAAAAAUCGACAUCAAGGGAUCAAUUCACCGAAUCAAAACCGUUCAAUCUAUCACCAAAGUCAAUCGAUCUUCUAUUUUGAGAUAUCACCGAGGGGAGAAGGGAUUGCAAUGGAAAAGAUAAGUUUACUCGCUUUUAUAUAUAUUUUUAAAAAAUUAGGUCGUUCUAUUAACUUGUAUAAUCAGCAUUGAGAACCCUUUGUUUAUGUUAUUGAAUAAUGGAGUUUUUAUUUUUUCUGGACAGGUAGCAAUAAGUUUAAUCUUAUAAAGACAUAAUCAGGGUAGAAAACAAACCUGAGAAAACAUAAUCAAAAAGUUAUUGCAGAAGAUUGGAUAAAGGAGAUACUGCAAAUUAUUUAUUGGAAUAGUACACAAAACCAAGUUCAAAAAUUAAGACACAAAGAAUGGAGAACAUAGAGCGCGACCAACCAUCGAUCGACGGAGACACGUUUCCAUCAAGCGACGAUGAGUCAGAAGAAUCGACCGAUACAGAGCUGCCAACAUCGAUCAAUACCGCCCAGCCGGAAGCAGAUGAGCAGCUCAGAGACAGACGCACGAAACAGAUAACUUAGGUCGAAAAGGAGGUUCGACGAGACUAGCAGCUCCUCCAACCCACAGCGUCACACAUGUCCUUGCGCCGAAAACACACCAUUCGAUGUCCCGGGCUAUAAUGAUCCUCAGGCAGCGAUCAACAGCAACGAGUGCCGUCAGCGUCCUCUGCCCGAUAAUUGGGACGAUUACGACAGCCUCUUCUACAAUGCCUGGCUAGGAGUCUCUAUCGAGCCCACCAAAUUCCUCGACCGACCCAUCCUGAAGAAGCUCGGGAUCGAGGGAGAUGUUAAGGACAUUAUCACACAGCUAGGACUAUGUACCAUGCCCUCUCGCGCUUACGACCUCUACCCCGAUGUCGUCCGCCAGUUCAUGGCCACCGUCAAGGUCACCUACAGGACUUCAGCUGCGAGGGUAGCAGGAGAUGGCACUUUGACCUUCUUCGCCAGAGGGACACGCUACAGGAUCCCUAUCUCCGAGCUCUGCCGCAUCUACGGUUUCGAUGAGAGCAUCGCCUCCUACACGGUCCCACCCUUCACACACCUCGACGGAUUCUGGGACAUCGUCGGCACAGGAGUUUGGGACACGAACAGGGCCGUGCUAUCAGACAUCCGCCAUCCUGCACUUCGCUACUUCCUACGGCUCCUUGCAAACACACUGGUUUGCAAGAUGGAGCCCAACAAGGUCAGGAUAAAGGAGCUCACACUACUUUUCUGCACAGUGAACGGCAUGGUGGAUUUGGUUGAGUUGGACGAGGACGGCGAGGUAAGCCCGCCGAACCUCGGAGCUGUCUUUGCCGCGCACUUGGUGGAGCUGAAGAAGAAGCCCUUCACCAACAAGGGUAAGAACAAGAAGGAGACAGUUGGGAGUCUUCUGACCCCGAUUUUUCAGUAUCUCGGCAUCCGCCUCGACUCUCACUCUGCCGACCGCGACCACGCCUUCCUCGACGAGCAGCACUUGGUGCACUCGCUAUGGCUCGAGGAAGGGAAACUCUGGCGCUUCAGGAUCCGCGAUGAGCAUCGCCUUCUACCCCUACCAGAUAGGAUGAUCACUGACUUCGGCAACAACGUGGAGCAGCUUCGAUGCAUGCCAGACGAGGCAUUCCUCCGCAACCCGCGGAACAUGUCACGCCGACCUCCCAGCAUUCGCCAUACCAGAGCUCAGGACCCACAGGCACCUCCUCUCCCCAACUUCCCGAACAUACCGGACAUCCCUAUGCACGACCAGGGAGACUUUCAGAGGUUCGUGGUGGACGCUCUUCAGGCCAUCUGGGCUAGAGUGUCUUGUCGGAGCAGGAGAGCCACAGGAGCGCAGGCACCAGCACCAGUAGCACGCAGAGACCCUUCCCCAGAGGACGAUGAGGCGACUGAUGAGGACACCGACUAGUCCUCACAUCUCUAUCUCUUCUCCUCUUAUUAUGAACUUGUUUAUUUAUUUUCUGAACUUGUAGGAUUUAUGUUUUUAAACUUAUAUUUUAUGUUUGAGGAUGCUUAUUAUUUCUUA